AACAUCUCUUUUUUCUUCAUAUGUUUACAGUGGUAUAUCUUUUCAUCGUCAUUAGAUGCUUUGUGAUGUACAAGUGAAGAUGAUCGAGAAAGAGGAUGGAGAAAAAUGUGUUUUUUAUUUCUUUUGUGGGAUUUCUGCAUUUGAUCUCAGUUUUAGGUGAUAACUUAAUACAUCAAAAUGUGCCGGACAAAAGGCAUUUCCAAGUCAUAAAACCAGUGUUCUACCACAAUCGACAAGCAAGGGGAACCACACAUAUCAGAAAUGGUACUCAUCUCCAAGAUGUCACGUUAUAUUUUAAAGCAUUCAACAGAGAUUUCUUCAUUGAUUUAAGUGUCAAUAAGUAUUUAUUUUCAAAGAAUUUUAUAGAGAAGAAAAUUCAUAGAAAUAAUGGCUUCUCUAUACACAAGCCUAAAAUAGAGCAAUCUUCUCAUUGUUUUUACCAUGGGUCCCUCCGUGGAUUUCAACAUUCCAUUGUAGCUCUAAGCACCUGUGAUGGUAUAAGGGGUUUGAUAUCAGAUGGGCGCGUCUCCUAUCAUAUAGACCCUUCUCCCGAGCAUGGACCGGGGCAUCAUAAAUUGUACAUAGAACCUGAUGAUCCGGUGCAGCGGCGAGAUGAAAAAUUAGUACAUUCCAGUUUGCAUGCAAAUGCAACAUUAAAUUAUUUACAUACCAGAGAUUUCCUUCAUAGGGUCCGUCGUGAACUUCGGGGUCCCUAUGAUGGAAACAGCAAUGCCCGGUUUAUUGAGAUGUACAUUGUGAAUGAUCAAAGAAUGUAUGAGAGAUACAUGAGGCAGGACAGACAAGUGAUACAGCGAUCAAAAGACAUCGUGAACAUAGUCAGCAAGCUUUACAAUCCACUGAAUAUCUACAUAGCUUUGGUGGGAAUUGAGAUUUGGGAGCAGGACAAUUUCCAAAUACAGCCCCAGGCCAACGACACACUGGAGCGAUUCCUGAACUACAGAAAAUACAGCAUUAACCCCAAGCAUGAAAACGACAAUGCCCAGCUGAUCACUGGCCAGCAGUUUAACAAUAACGUUUUGGGAAAAGCUUAUGUAAAUACCAUCUGUACGUUUAGUUCCUCUGGUGGUGUUUCGUCCGAUCCGGAUUCCAGGAACCAGCUGAUUCAGGUAGCCACCACGGUGGCGCACGAGCUGGGACACAACCUGGGGAUGGCCCACGACAACUACUCCUUCUGUCAGUGUCCAGACGACAAGUGUAUCAUGGCCCCCACUCAGGGCGGCAUUGCCCCUCCCACAAAAUGGUCAACAUGUUCAAAGAUAUCUUUGGCUGAGAACUUUGAGAUAGGGAUGGAUUACUGUCUACGAAACAAGCCAGAGAAGUUGUACGAUGGUCCGGUCUGUGGGAACGGGUUUGUGGAGAUAGGGGAGGAGUGUGACUGUGGGCUGCCAGAGGACUGUAAAACGAGGUGUUGUGAUGCAAGAACCUGUAGACUGACCGCAGGGGCAGUGUGUGCCACGGGGAAGUGCUGCGACACCCAGGCCUGUGUGCUUAAGCCGCGAGCCACUCUGUGUCGAGGAUCUUACGAGGAAUGUGAUCUCCCAGAGUUCUGUAACGGAGAGUCAGAGUACUGCCCAGCAGACGUGUACAGGAAAAAUGGAAUAGAGUGCGGGAAUGGCCAGUCAUAUUGCUUGAAUGGGAAAUGUAAGACCCACACAGGACAAUGCCGCCUUCUCUGGGGGCCGACGGGGAGAGUGUCUGACCCCAUCUGUUUCCAGCACCUCAAUGUAAAUGGGUCCAGUACAGGGAAUUGUGGGUACAAUUUACACACUCGGCGAUACACUCGGUGUGACAAAGACAGUGAUGUCAUGUGUGGACUACUUCACUGUGUUCAUCUGAAUGAGAAGCUCAUGUUUUGGAGGGAAACCCUGAGUGUUGCCCUGCCCGCCUCCUUCCUGACCAAGGGGUCAAAGACCUACAUCUGUCGAUCAGCCACGCUAGAUGUAGGGCUUAACAUGCCCGACCCGGGCCAGGUCCCUGAUGGGGCCAAGUGUGGGCAUGAAAAGAUAUGUUACAACCAUUCAUGCACAUCUUUAGCCAGAAUUCCAACAAAAGAGUGCCCAGACUGCAACAAUAAUGGGGUGUGUAAUAGUAUCGGUCAGUGCCACUGUAAUGAAGGGUUUGGUCCUCCUUUCUGUAAUGAGCCCGGGUAUGGAGGAAGCAUACACAGUGGACCAAUCAAAAUUAAAGUGGAUGUGAAAUGGAUUCACAAUAACGACCUCCUGAUUGGCUUGCUGGUGACGUUUGCGAUGAUCAUUGUGAUUGGCUGUCUUGCUUUCUUGGCCUUCUUCUACAGAGAGUCUCUCAAAAAAUGGUGGAUCAAUCACCCGGGAGGCUUGAAAUACAGGGUUCCAUGUUUUUCAUUAUCAUCAUGGAAACGUCCAAGAAAUACAUCGGGAGGAACAGCUGCUCAAACGAGAACUCCAAACACACAGAGAGAUAUAUCAACACCUGUGUUUCAAAGCACAACUGCUAGCCAAAACCAAAACAGAACCAUCAAAAAUGAAACCAGUCCAGAGAAAGUGGCUCUAAAGCCCCAGUCUAAAUCCAAGACCCCUGCUCACAGGCCAGAUCCCCCAAAGUUCUUCAAGAAAAAGGAGAAACAGGAGUCAAGUUCUGCAACCUAUCAAAAUGUUGCUGUUAAAAUGCCCCCCAAUCAGACCAGACAGCAGGAGUCUUCAUUUCAAGAAGUGAAACUUAAUCCUGUGCCAUCUGAAACAAAAGAAUCUAAAUCACUCUUCUCCAAAUUUUCAAGAAAACUGUCCAGAAGUGAGGAGAGCAAACCAACAGAACCAGUUAAACCCCCUUCGUUUACUCCUACACCCAAACCCAUCGUCAAACCAGGAACACAGCCUAUUGGCAAGCUGCCAAAAUCGGCAUUAAAACCUUCCGCACCUGCAGCAGCCCUUAAACCAUCAGCACCUUCUGCUGCUCUAAAACCAAAUGCAUCUGCUGCAGCACUUAAACCAACUUCAUCGUCUGCUGCACUAAAGCCCUCAGCCCCAUCGGCUGCACUGAAACCCUCAGCACCUAAUGUUGCUCUGAAACCUUCUUCUCCAGCUACUGCAUUGAAACCUGCAGUGAGACAAAACUCUAAUUCUUCUAAUUCUAGUCCCUCCGUAACGAGGCAAGAUUCCAAUUCUUCUGGAAGUGGAGUUGCAAUGCGCAAAGAACGUGUCACACGUGAAAUUUCUAACCCUGUGCUUAUUAGCACAACAGACAGACGAUCUCAAGCUUUUGUGCAUGAGAUCAAAGAUGGUCAGUUGGUUCCACCUGUUCCGGCUCAUGUGAACCGCAGCAGUUCUAGUAGUAGCAGCAGUGGUCAUUCACCCUCCAGACCAAAAUCUAUGCCACUGCAGGCUCAAAAAUUAGCAUUCCUUGGGGACCAAAACCAAAGAGCUGCAGAGGAGCCUCCCAGAACAUCCCCCCAAAGGCCACCUCCCAGCUAUGAAAGUUAUCUUAAAUCCGCAGGUCAACCAGAGAAAAAGUCUGGACCACCAAUUAGAUUUGAGUCUGGAUUAAGUAACUCUUCUGCUUCAGAUGAUGUGAAUUUCCCAUUAGCUAAAAAUAGAAAUCCCAUUCCUAAAUUUGGAAGCAAUUCAAAGGAAGGAGCUUCUGGAAAGCCCCUGUUACCUAAAGUGAAAUCCGCAGGUUAUGUAACGGAUCAACCGGAUUCCAAUGGCAGGAAAGUGAAACCAUCCAGGUCACCACCUAAACCAGGAAAGAAGCUACCAAAGAAGCCAGCACAGGCAAGCUCAUCCCUAGAGAAAACAGACUCUUUCGAAAAGGUGCAAGAAGCACCAGGCGUAUCCCAUAUAAAAGCAAUGUUUGAUUCCAUGGACGUUGGCAAGAAAUCAAUGUUUGGUUCCGAUAAUUCUCUUGGACAGGCAGGAAUUAAAUCUCCCCCUGUGACCGGUGAAACAAGACCCAAGCCCUCACCAAAGCCUGGGUCUGGUUCAAAGUUUAGGAGUGUAAAUGUUUGAAAAAUCGAGAGAUCAUUUUGUGAUAAAAAGUUAAAAGUGAUAGGGUGCCAUUAACAUGUAUAUAAAUAUAUUAUAUACAUGUACCAUACAUAGUUAAUGUUAGAAUAUGUUUAUAGAAAGUAGGCAGAUAUUCAAGAAAAUAUUUGUGUAGUUUGCAUAUUUUUAUUAGUACAUUAAUUUACCUACUAUAAAGUUAGAGAUCAAUAGAAACUUGAAUAUUAAGUGAUAUACUCAUGAAUUCAGACAUAUGAAUUAUUUUUUUUAAAUGCUUUUAAAAACACUUAUGGACUUUGUACAAGAUGCUCAUAUUUUUGCCCAUUAUUAUUAAGUAGAUGUAUUUACUUUCCAAACAAUACUCAUUUUUUUUUUAAUGGAAUUUAAUUUUUUUUUCAUUACACAGGUGCUUUAAACCAAUUUGCAAUAAAUACCUCACUGAUAAAAAUGACAGGAUUUUGAAGACACAAGGUUCACGCCAAUCUUCUCUGCUGGUCAGAUGCAAUUUUUUUUUUUUUGCUUUGCUUUAAACCUUUGUCUUAAUUUUUAAAUUAAAAAAAUAUUAGCUUCCCUCCCCUUCUUCCCUCUCUGUUUUGUUUUUGUAUUUAAGUUACUGAUUUAAUAAAACUCACACAUGUAAUGAUAAUAUUGAAUAGAAUUACACAUUUAUAUUUAUGUAUCCCUCCAUAUUGAAUAUAUAAUUAUUAUUAUAUAUACAUAUGUAUUUGCACUCAAUGUGAUAUGAUUUAAUAGUUUUAUCCUAUAUCACUCUUACCCAUUCCUUUUUGAGAGAUUAUUAUAUCCUAGCUGUGAGAUUUUAUGUUAUAUAUCUGUGAGAAGUCAACAUAAUUACCUGGUAUUCUCAUUCUAUGAGUGUCUGUGGAGAGAGAGAGAGAGAGAGAGAGAGAGAGAGCUAGAUCAUCCACAUGACCAUGUGCCUUUUGUUUCAGAAACUCCCCGAUUUUGUCUAUCAUUGACAUGAUAGACAAUAUGGUUAUUUCGUACAGAUAAAAAGUUGAUCUAGAAAACAACUGAAACUUUUGAGCAGAUGUACUGUACUUUUUUAUCAUUAUUUUUUUUACAUAGGGUGUAUGAUAUUCUUGCCAUAUUGGUUUAUAUUAAAGAUAAUGGUGAUAUUUAUCUUGAUUCAAUUCUUACUUUUUUUUUAUACAUGUAUAUAUGAUAAAUGCUUUUAGUUGAAUCUUGUUUGGCACCUAGUACAGCAAAAUUAGAAUUAGCUGGCAGCAAUAUCACGCCUAAUGGCCUUGAUUCAGAUUACAUGAAUCUAUUUAUUUGUCAGGCAUGUAAAAUUGUCAAUGCUGAGGUUUCAUUAAAAAUUUGUUGAUAUCAAUUUUCAUACAUUUAAAUAUUACAAUUCUUAAUUUCAAAGAUCUGUAAUAUUUUGGACAAUAGACUUGCCAAACAAAUUGUUGUCAGGUUUUGAUUUCAAUGUAGAUUUAAAUUUUUGGAUCAAGUUAUGAAAUCCCAGAAAAUUGAUGCUUAAGAAAUCAUGUUGAAAUCACAUAUAAUUAAAAUUCCUCCCAUUUUCUGUCCAACUGUUUAUUUGAAAUUGGUACACAUACUCAAAAUACAUCACAUUUAUAAGCCAUUCAGUGUCUCAGUUAUGACAAUGAAUUGACAAAUUGUUCACAAAUGAAACUUUUAUCUUUGUUUGUAAGACAUAAAUUAUUCAUUGUACAUGUAACGUCACAGAUGAUGCUCAUUUUACGUGUAUCUUUUAUAAAGGAUGCAAAACUUGUCAAUGUCUAUCAUUCCAGUGUUCUGUGUCUUGAUUUUCUUGCUUUCUUAUAUUUUUUUUUCUCUGUUGUUUUUGGUUUUAUUUUUGUUUUGUUUGGUAAAGAAUUUUGAGAAUUUCUGCCUAUAUUAUCACAGUUUUGUUAGCAAAUUUAAAACAGCCUUUGCCAUAUGAUGCUUUACCAUCUGAUUAAUAUAGAAACAUACAACAUGUUCUCCUAUCUUGCAAUACACUGAUUAACUCAUUUAUGAAAUGCUUAAGUUGAACUUCUUUGAAAAUUUUACAAUUUUGAGUUGCAAUAUUCAGACAAUGUUCUUAUUUCUGUUAAUUAUUUCAAUCAGGUAUUUUACAAUAUACCUUUGAAAUUGUCAAAGAAAUAGUAAACAUGUUUUGUUGAUUUUUUUUCCUUAUGUUUAAAUUUUAACAAUGCAUAGAAUUAUGUUGAUGAAGAAUAAAUAUUACUGAAAAAAUUAAGAA